AUGACUUCCUCAGAAGGAAGGACGAAGACAGAGGCAGACGCCGAGGCAAAGGGCAGCAGCGGCACUGCGGUCGUCGCCGGCCAGACAUCUUUUGAGCUGCCAGUGCGGUCAGCUUCAAUACCGCAGGGGAACGCCCUGACAGGGAAACAAGAGCACUAUUUGAAGCGGGAGCUCAUCUCGGAGCAGGUAAAAUGGGAGAUCUCGGAGCUCAACUCCCCCACGGCGCUGCGACGCUUCGGCGCCCCUUUUCGGUCAGAGUUUGGCGAGGUGUCCCCUCUAGACUCGGAGCUGCCCAUCCUGCGCUACAUCUUCAAUAACCACAUUCGCGAGUUCCCCUUUCUCGACAAGGCCAGGGAGAAGGAGUUUUGGCAGGACAAGCUGCAAGUCUUUCUCGAAUCCUUUGCUGGCAAGAACAUCUCGUCCUCGGAUGACCGUCUCGAGGAGACCAAGAGGAAGAAGCUGGCAUUGAAGGCACAGAAGGUUGUCGAGCUGAUGAUGGUGUCUGGGAUUCCCACAUCUUCCGGGUUCGAGGAGAGGAUUAGAUUCUCGGAGCUCGAGAUUGUCGACGCCAACGCCAUAGAUACAGGCGUCCUCGCGACGGUGCCUGAGGGCAAUUAUCUCAAUGGCUGGGACGUCAACGUAGCUGGCGUGCGCAUAACUUCGGUCAAGCGAAAUAUACGAUAUCACAAACAUGCCGAAUUCCUACUUCGGGUCAAGCGAAAGGGCGAGCUGGAAUACUUUGUUGGCCGGCGUUACGGCGACUUUGCUCGCCUCCAUAAGAGGAUACGGACCGAGCUCCCAGGAAAGGUUCUCUCGCCACUUCCUAGAAAGAACAAAACAAACUCCACGUCGUCGAGCCUUUUCAGCGGUUUAACCGGCGGCAACGACUCGGAGGCUUCCUCGCUGUCCUCGGCAUCUACGCAGAUGGCUGCUGGCUACACGGCUGCGCACCAGAGUGAUGCGGUAUCGAGGUUGUUGUCUGUCAGAGGUACAUCGUCGAGCAGAGCAUCGUCGCCUCAUCCGUCCGUGGAUGGAAAACCGUCGAGCCCCGCAAUGCUGAGUCCCUCGAUGACCGUGAUAUUAUGGCGAGAGAGUCAGCGUAUAUCGCUGCGUGCCUUCUUGCGAUACCUUCUGCAAAAUCCCCAGGUAGCUCGCACAAAGGCGAUAGAGGAAUUCUUGACCAAGGGCCCGAUGACGCUCUCGGACGAAGACGUAGAUGAUAUAAUGCACCGGAAACAGGUCGAUGAGAAGCGGGUUGAGGAGCAAAAGCAAUUCUACGAAAUCGCGAGAAAACGUGCGGCGGACUUGGACGUCUACAUGGAACAGUUCCGGCAAGACAUUGUGGAGCGAAACGGCCUGACGAUGCUGUUCAAGGAGAUUAAGGAUAAACCGACGAUUCAGGACCUGAGCAUACAGUAUCAGAAGUUUGCCGAAUGGCUCCGCAUAGAAGUUGCCGCAACCGUCUACCACCUCUUCCUCGCUGAAGACAACUCUCCUGAGUUAUUCGCCCAGGCGAGGAGGAUUCACUCGCUGAUUCCAUACACCAUCAUAAAGAACGUCAUCCGAGUCGCGAAUCCGGCAGGGGUCAUGUCCAGCCUGCUGGAUAUCUUCCUGGCGCAGCCCUUUGGCGCCAGGUCUCUUAUGCAGCGCAUCUUUUCGUUGACAUUGAACGACGGAAUCAAAAACUACCAGAGGUCGAUAGACGCGCUCUCUGCUCACAUUGGCGACCCAGUCUUUGUUGAAAAGCUCAAAAAAUACAGCGACGCCGACGACGAAGUCAAGCUCGCAAUCAGGGAAGACGCUGCCGAUAGCGAUGUUGACAUCGUCGUUGCCAUUCUGCGGUCGGAGCUCCUCGAGCCACCCCUUGCUCCGGAGCAGAUUGGCCGGCUGUUCAACGCCUUCGUGGCCUUCAAAAGUGCAGUAGAGAACGUCGACGAGGAGCUCAAGCAAGGCGCCCAGCUCUUCUCGUCGCUGAAGCAACUGAUGAAGCUCUACAUGCGGCAAAGGGAUAAGGCUAUGAUGCUGAGCCUCAUUGAGGAGCCCGUGACGCUCCAGCUGUUCCGGGAUCUCUUCACCAUCUUCUACGAGCCCCUCGUGAGGGUGUACAAGUCGGCCAAUGUCUACAACAGUGUCACAGACUUUGCAGUGUUUAUGGACGACCUGAUCCAGGUUGUCGAUAGGUGCAGAGAGCAGGACGCCUCUGCGGAUCCUAACCAGACGGUGCAGGCCUUCAUUGACCUGUGCCAGCGGCACGAACACAACUUCUACAAGUUCGUCCACGAAGUCCACACGCACGACAACGGUCUAUUCACUCAACUGAUGGGCUGGAUCGAGGGGAUCCUUGAAUUCCUCCGGCACGGACCCAAGAACGGCACCCUCGACAUCAAUGCGCUGUUUGAAGGCGCCACGAGCAGUGGGAUCAUCGACAAGAAUAAGGCUCUUGAGGAGAUCGACAAACUUAUUGCAUGGCAGGAGGCGCGGAAAAAGUGGCACCACGACAAGACUAGACAGAAGAUGGCUGCCGAAGGAGGAGGUGGCGAGGCAGCAUCGGAGCUGGUCCCUGGGGGGCUGACGCUUCAGUCGAUGGAUUUCGGCGUCGACCAGUCGGAUCUCCAAGAAAUGGAGUACGACGAGGAAGACUCGGACUCGGAGGCGGACCAGGAAGACGAGGAAGAGAUGGACCCCAUCGAUGCGGAGCGCAGCAGGCGGGCCAAGAAGCAGGACCGACUGCGGCGCACGGCGGGGGAGCCCAAGAAGCCCGAGGUGAUCGAAGUUCACAAGUUCAAGGACAACUUCUUGAGCAUGCUGAGGAUGGUCCUGGCCGAGUGA